AUGACAAAAGGACGUGUACUUCUUGCAUACUCUGGCGGUUUGGAUACUUCAUGUAUUCUUGUUUGGCUUAUUGAACAAGGUUAUGAGGUUCUUGCUUACUUAGCCAACGUUGGUCAAGAUGAAGAUUUUGACGCAGCCAGAGAAAAAGCUUUAAAAAUCGGUGCAAGCAAAGUUUUUAUUGAAGAUUUGAGAAGUGUUUUUAUCGACGAAUUUAUUUUCCCAGCCAUUCAAGCAAAUGCAGUAUAUGAGAAUAUAUAUUUGUUGGGUACUUCACUCGCUCGUCCACCAAUUGCUCGUCGCCAUAUUGAACUUGCAAUUCAAGAAGGUUGUCAAUAUGUUUCUCAUGGGUGUACAGGAAAAGGAAAUGAUCAAGUUCGUUUCGAAUUAGGAUAUUAUGCUUUAAACCCCGAUAUCAAGGUUAUUGCCCCAUGGAGAAUGCCAGAAUUCUAUGAACAAUUUCCUGGUCGUCAAGCACUUCUUGCUUAUGCAGCUAAAAAAAAUAUACCUGUUGUUCAAACAGCUGCAAAAUCAUAUUCAGAAGAUGGUAAUUUGUACCAUAUCUCUCAUGAAAGUGGUUUACUUGAAGAUCCUGGAUGCACCCCACCAAAAGAUAUGUGGAGUAUGACUGUUGAUCCAGAGGAAGCUCCUAACACACCUGAACAUAUUAAAUGCAAUUCGCUAGAUUUAUUUACGUAUUUAAACAAAUUGGCUGGUAAUCAUGGUAUUGGUCGUGUCGAUAUGGUUGAAUCAAGAUUUAUAGGAUUAAAAUCUCGUGGAUGUUAUGAAUCACCUGCAGCCACAGUAUUGCGCGUUGCACAUUUGGAUCUUGAGGGAAUUACACUUGAUGGACAAGUUCGUCAUCUUAAAGAAGUAAAUAUUAGUAUUCCUUAUGGCAGAGUUCUUUAUAAUGGCCUUUACUUUUCACCUGAACGUGAAUUCCUUUCACAUUCACUUGAAUUCACACAACGUAAUGUCAACGGUGAGGUUAAAAUCAAACUAUAUAAAGGUAAUGCCAUCAUUGAAGGUCGCAAAGCCUAUGGGGUAGGAUCUAAACUUUAUGAUAUGAGAGAAAGUUCAAUGGACGAACAUGGUGGAUUGACACCUACUGAUGCUGGUGGUUUCAUUAAUACACAUGCAAUUAGACUUAGAAAAUGGGUACCAGCUGAUAAACAAUAA